AUCCUUACACAAUUGCUUAUGAAUAAUCUACAAACCCAGAAACACGUGAAAAAUUCUGGCGUGAAUAAACUUCUUUAGUAGACUGGUUUUCGCCUCCCUAAAUAAUUCUUGACAAAACCCACUCAAACCCUGGUUUUUGGCGAUGGUACCCUGAUUCUAAAUUAAACCUAUCUUACAAUUGUAUAGAUCGUCAUUUAAUAGACUAGCCAAACUAACCUGCUUUAAUACAUUACUCUUCAUAUACAAAAAAAGACAAAAUAUACACAUAUAGUCAACUACAUACUGAAGUAUCUAAGUUAGCUGGUGUAUAUAAAAAACUAGGUGUUAAAAAAGGUGAUAGAAUUAUAAUAUAUAUGCCUAUGGUUCCUGAAGCUGUUUUCGGUAUGUUAGCUUGCGCAAGAAUAGGUGCAAUUCACUCUGUUGUUUUUGGAGGUUUUUCUGCUUUUGAACUAGCUGGAAGGAUAAAAGACUCAAAUCCGUCUUUAAUAUUAUCUGCUUCUUGCGGUAUAGAACCCCAUAAAAUUAUUGAUUUUAAGGAGAUAUUAGAUGAAGCUAUAAUUUUGGCUAAUAGAUAGGAUAAUAUUAAGAUUUUAUUAUUAUAGAGAAGUUAAUAAAUAUCAAAUAAACUAUAACCAAAUAGAGAUUAUGAUUAUUAAACUGCAAUGCAUUUCGCAGAAACUUCAGAUUGUGAAGUUGUUAAUGGAACAGAUCCUUUAUAUAUACUUUAUACAUCAGGUACUACUGGAGCUCCUAAGGGAAUUGUUAGAGAUACUGCCGGAACCGCUGUUGCUAGCUCUUGGACAAUGAAACAUAUCAUGGAUAUACAUAAAGGAGACGUUUAUUUCUCUGGAAGUGAUAUUGGAUGGGUUGUGGGACAUCACUUUAUAGUUUAUGGACCUUUAUUAAGAGGAGCUACAACUAUUCUAUUUGAAGGUAAACCUACAUACCCUGACCCUGGUUAAUAUUGGUAGAUCAUCGAGAAGUUUAAGGUACAUAAUAAACAUAUUUAAUAUAUUAAAUAUAUAUAAAAAAAAGGUUAAAGGUCUAUAUACAGCCCCUACAGCUCUAAGAGCUAUCCGAAAAGAAGAUCCAGAAGGGAAAUUUAUAUUGAAAUCUGAUAUUUCAUCACUAUAGGGAGUUUCUAUGGCUGGGGAAAGGUGCGAUGUGCCCACUUAUGAAUGGAUUUAGUCUCAUCUAAAAGUUUUUAUAAACGACAAUUACUGGUAGACUGAAAUUGGUUGGAUAAUUAGCUGUAAUUAUAAAAACUUGCACACUUUUCCUAUAAAACCUGGCUCUGCAAUUAAACCUGCACCUGGCUUCAUAGUACAUAUUUUAGAUUAAAAUAAUAAUAUAAUAAAUGAAGCAGAUAAAUUGGGAAAAAUAUGUAUAAAAUUACCUUUACCACCUUCUUUUAUGCUUACUUUAUAUAAUAACGACGAGGCUUUUGUUUAAAAAUAUUUAAAAGAUGCCCCUGGGUAUUAUUAAUCUGGAGAUUGUGGUUACUUCGAUAAUGAUGGAUAUUUAAAUGUUAUGACAAGGAUCGAUGAUGUCAUAAAUACUGCAGGACAUAGACUAUCGACUGCUUAAAUAGAAGAAUGUCUGUUGAGUCAUAAUAGUAUAGUAGAGUCAGCUGUUAUAGCCAAAAAGGAUAAUUUCAAAGGAGAAAUUCCAGUUGGAUUUGUAGUGGUUAAAUAGGGAUAUAGUUUCGAUAAAAAAAUACUUGAAUAAGAAUGUGUGGCUAUUAUCAGAAAAUUAAUAGGACCAGUAGCCAGUUUCUAACACUGUAUUGUUGUGGAAAAAUUACCGAAAACUAGAAGCGGUAAAAUACUAAGGUAUACAUUAAAAAGAAUGGUAGAUGGGCUUUAAAUUGAAUAAAUUCCAUCAACUAUUGAAGAUGCAAGUGUUUUGAAUGUUAUUAAAAAAAAUAUAGAAGAAUAUGAGGGUUUCGGAAAAUAAGAUAAGGAUAAUAUAAUUUAUAAAGAUUAAAUUGAUAAUAUUAAUGGAAAUUAUGCAGAAUUGGUUAAUGAAACAUGAAUUAUAGUACAUUUA